GCGAACACUUUAGAGAGUCCAGUCAGAUUUCGUUCGGAAGCACGUCAUCAGCACUAUAUAUAUUUUUCAAGCUUUUUGUGCAUAUAUAUCUACUGUAUUAAGUACGAGAAUUUGGCGUUAGCAAUGAGUUAUACGAUGGUUACGAAAAUAAGUAGCAAGACGAAAAAUGAGAAGACGCCAAUGGAUGAGACAGAAAAAGAGGAUAAUCGUCGUCGUCUAAAGCUUUUGGGUCGGCUUUCGCGGGCACCCGGUAAAUGUCCAGUGAGUAACUGCGAUCAAGUGGUGUUCCCAUCGGGUCUGCUGGUUCACCUGCUGCACAAGCACACCACUAAUCCAAACACCACCGUGGUUGUCCUCUAUGACGAACAACGACUGCGAAGAACCUUCAAUCCAGAUAGUUUCGCGUACGACGAACCACAGGCGCUGACUAUACUCCUAUAUGCUGGCACCCAGGGCAAGCCGCACACUCGACCAGCUCGGCGGUACUUGAGUUUUUCCAAUUGCGGUUUUCUUCACAAUCGCCGUCAGCUCGAGCAUCAUUUGCCCUUGGUCCUGAUGAUUUGCAAGACCUCGUUGUUCUCCAUGCUGCCGGACAGAAAAAACGCCGAGAAGCUGGAGGAAAAGUUUGGCUCGCCGGAGGACAUCGUAUAUGUCAUCUGGCUGGUGGCGCCAGUCACCUCAAGUCGAAUGAUUUAUACGCUGACCAUCUUCGAUCGCUACUACAUACAAUCGCGCAGUGUCAUACGGAAAGCCAGGAACUACGUACUGCCGCAGCAUCCGAAGGACUUUCUCAGUCACGAUACCGAUUACCUGUUGCUGCGCCACGAGGAGGCCAUGGAUCUAAUGAGUGCCGAGGACGACGCGGAAAAUAAGACACCGUACAUUGCACUGGAACUGCUGUUGCAGGAGGAGCCCCUGCUGAUUUCGUCACGCACACCGCCGAGCGCCUCACAAUUGCUGAGUACUUACAAGGCAAUGAGAUUGAAAAUGCCACGUACUAAAUUGGAAUUGCAUAGAGAUUCGCGGGGAAGACUGUCUCUCAACCGAAAGCCCCUUUCGAAUCCCAUGAUUGUAAGUGCAGUUAUCAAAUCUUCACUGGCAUAUCCUCCAGAAUCUGGUGGUUUUCUGGCCCUUGAACAGCGCACAAGGAUUUCCCCGAGGGCAAAGGUUAGAACUACAGAAGAAUACUCCGUUGAUAGUGACGUAACGGUGGCACCCAAUGGAGAUACUUAUCAAGAGAAGCUCGAUGAAGCCAAGAGUACCGAAGUAGAAGUCAAAGGCAAAGGUCCCGAUAUCCUGGCUCUAGAAGUUAGUCCCACAAAACUCCAACGCAAGAAAAAGGCUCAUAGUCGGUACAGUGUUCAACUCAAAGAUGAAUUGGUGAAGUACGUGGUUGCAGCCGAGCGGAGAAAGGACAAAGCACAGCAGCUGUUGAAAAGCAUGGAAAGCUAUCUAGAGGCUUGCCAAGAAAGUGAUGAAGAAGAUGCUUCAAGUGAACUCAAACAUUUUCUCAAGGAAUUCGCUGUGGAGAGAUCCUUGGGCGGCAAGGACUUAAGCCUGCGGUCGAUCAAUAAAAGAAAAAGAUAUGUCGACUGCAAAAAAAAGCGUCGCAAGAAAUCCGAAUCCCAGUCGCAAAAAGAGCCGUCAGAGUCACGCGAAAAGGCCGGUUCGAGUCGAGAAGCAGCGCCAAAAUGCUUGGAGGAAAUCCAAGAGAGUUCCAUUAGGGAUCUAAAGGAAUCGAUAAUGAAUUUGCGAGUACCGAUCACCAAUGAAGUACUGCAAACGGUUAAGGAAGCCGUGGUUAAUUCGGUCAAGGACGCGGUAAGAAAGGUGGCCGAAGAGACGAUAAUCACCAAACUAGAUGUAGCGUCUGAAUUAGAACUGGAAAAGGGGGAACCGGAAGUUGCAACAGAACCAACAAAACCAGAGACACAAACUAAGAGUGUCCCGGAAAUGGAACCGCAAGAUGAAGCUAAACCGGAAACGGAAGCUCAAAUUGAAACUGAAGGGCCACCGAAAAACUAUACCAAAAUUCCAGGCGUUACCGUCAACAUUGAAAUGGAGUUCGCAUCCGAUUGCGAUUUGUAUUCAGAGCGCAAUUAACAUUGAUUUUGUUUCGAAUUUGUCAUUGAAAAAAUCAUAAGUCCCUUUCAACCAUUUCCAUUGUUCCCAAAAAAUUGUAAAAGUUUCGGUACAAUAAAUGACCCGAAUGCAACUAGCAUGCCAAAUAA